ACAGGAGAAGGAAACAAGAAAGUGCUUGUGUGAGAGAGAGAAAUGAAGCUGUUAGGAUGGUGGUUGAUGCUAGUUGGCACACUUCGACUUGCAUCGGUAUGGUUUGGUUUCUUCGAUAUUUGGGCUCUACGUCUCGCUGUUUUCUCCAAAACCACUAUGUCAGAAGUUCAUGGGAGGACGUUCGGAGUGUGGACUCUUCUAACCUGCACUCUUUGCUAUCUUUGUGCAUUUAACCUACAUGACAGGCCUUUGUAUUUGGCAACCUUGUUAUCAUUCGUCUAUGCAUUCGGUCAUUUCUUGACAGAGUUCUUGAUCUAUCAGACAAUGGAAAUCAAAAAUCUGGUCACCGUUGGUAUUUUUGCAGGCACAUCUAUAAUUUGGAUGUCGUUGCAGUGGAAUGCACACCAACAGGUCAAAACUAAGAGUCCAUAGACGUGAAUCAACAGCAUUGGCUUGAAGCCGAUUUAUUGGAUGUUACUCCUUUCAACCUAUGCCUUUGCUGCUGCAAUUUAAAGCUCAAAGUUUCAGGUGCGGAAGCAUGCUUUUCAUGCAUGAACUCUGGAAGAAUCCCUCCUGGAACUUCUUGGCCGCAAUUUUCUUGUUGCAAUGUCUCAAUGCCAGCUUUUCUUCUGAUUGGUUUUUGUAGCAAUGCUAAGUAUCGUCUCUUUCAAACUUGUUUAGAAUCUUUUCUUAAACGUGGAAUGCCCCGUGUUUUUGUUUUCUGGUGGUA